UAUUAUCGUUUUCACUGACAAUUUCUCAGUAUAUGUCUGUGAGUAAUUUUCAUGCUCCGAUUUAAAGAUUUAUUAUCUGAAAUAAAAUAACUAAACUGAACUGAUUUUGGAUUUUUUUAAAUCAUCACAAUGUUUAUAAUGAUCGACAACAUAACCUUCAAGCAGUUAGCAGUGGGAUCGAAAAUAGUGAUGAAAAGUUUUUCUUUUCGAUCAUUUUCACUACUGAACCGAUUAGAAAUUAGAAAAUUAGGGAAAAAGAACUAUACCACUGCAAUGGAUGAAAAUGAUGUGAUUUUUAAAGAGGUUGGCGAUAAGGGUAUGAUUAUAUUAAACCGACCAAAACAAUUAAAUGCUUUAAAUUUAUCAAUGACCAAAAAAAUAUAUCCAGUCCUCGAACAGUGGGAGUCUUCUAAAAAAGCUGUAGUAAUAAAGGGAGCCGGAGAAAAAGCAUUCUGUGCUGGAGGUGAUGUCAAAUGUAUAACUGUUGCCUUAAAUGAACCUGGUGGUGAAAAAAAAGGUUACGAUUUUUUCAGAGCUGAGUAUACAUUAAAUCACCUUAUUGGAACAUUUAAGAAGCCUUAUGUAGCUCUCAUCAGUGGAAUCACAAUGGGCGGCGGUGUUGGAUUGUCUGUUCAUGGUAAAUAUCGUGUAGCAACAGAGAAUACAUUAUUUGCAAUGCCUGAAACAGCUAUUGGGCUUUUCCCUGAUGUUGGAGGAAGUUAUUUUCUUCCAAGACUUCGAGGAAAACUUGGAUAUUUUCUAGGUCUUACAGGACAUCGACUUAAAGGUGAAGAUGUUAAACUAGCUGGAAUAGCAACUCAUUUUGUGCCAUCAACGAAACUUGAAGCUUUGACUGAAGCAUUACUUGCUCCUGGAGAUGAGGAAGUUGGCAAGAUAAUAAACAAAUUUGAAAAUCCAAGCAGUAGAGAAUUUAGUUUAGAAAAACAUUUAAAACAAAUUGAUCACUGUUUCUCUGCCAAUACUGUUGAAGGGAUAAUUGACAAUUUAAAAAAAGACGAUAGUGAGUGGGCCAAAGAAGUUCUUACUAAUUUAGCAAAAAUGUCUCCAACUGCAUUAAAAAUAACAAAAAAAGCCCUUGACAUAGGGAAAAAUUUAAGCUUAGCUGAAUGUCUAAAAAUGGAUUAUAGACUAGCAUGUGCAGCCUGUGAUAAAAAAAGUGAUUUCUAUGAAGGUGUUCGUGCAUUAUUGGUUGAUAAAGACCAAAAUCCAAAGUGGAAUCCAAAAACACUUGAAGAAGUUACAGAUGAAUAUAUUUCUAGUAAAUUUAAACCUUCUGGUCAAGAAUUAGAGUUAUAAAUAACGAAUUUUUUAUAAAAAAAUUUAUGUAGCCAUCAAAAACUAUAAUUUAGAAACUAACAAUUUCCUUAAGUAAUUUCUGUAAAUUUUCAUAUUUAUAUCUUAUAAAACAAAUUGAUUUUACAAAAAACGUAUUUUUAUAAUUUUAUUUUACAAAAUGAUGGAUAAA